AUGGCAUCUGUUAACUACGAUUCGCACCUCUCGUACGCUCAGACGUACUCCUACGAGGACUCCCAUGUACCGUGCUCACAAACUCCCUCGCUUGCAUCAGAUACCUCUGGGUUCUACUCAUCCACCUCUUCCAUACCUUCCACACGGCCAUAUACCAUUGCACUCACUCCCGAUGAAAUACACCCUCCCGUUUACUCUUCCUCGUCUUCCGCAACGCAACCAGACAAAAACUACCAAUACUCUUCUUCUUCUUACAACAGUAUGUCUGGACGAGACCAGUCAAACCUCUCCGUACGCAUCCUAUACACGGACGACGCAGGAACAAGAUUAUCGUCUCGUGUGAAGCGCAAAUGUUUCAAUUGCGGAAGAACUGAAACCACUACAUGGAGGAGAAGCUGUUUGACUUGGGGAAAAAUUGUAUGCAACAAAUGCGGUCUCUAUGAGCGGAGUCAUUCACACCAUCGACCUGUACCGUAUGUAAGCCCUUAUGAGACGACCACAUUCCCCAUCAUGGGACCUCCGCGUCCUCCGAGCCCGACGGCAGCGACGUCUUCGACUCGGUCUACCCUUCAAAGCUCGGUAGUGCAGCGCCCAGAUAUACCUGUAUCACCCCAGUCAAAUACACAAUCACAUUCCGUAACUUCUAGAAAUACUCGACUCCCUCAUCGCUCCUACCUCUCAAGUCAUAACAUGUAG